GUUUCGAAUUCAGAAUUGUCCAACAGAACUAACAAACAUAUUCUCUUCACAAUAUUUCUUAAGCGUUAAAAAUGGCGCAAGUUGCACAUAUGGCCAUGAACUCACUUCUUUCUACACCUAAUAGGAUAUAUAGUCACCAAACUGUUCGGGCUGGGUUCCGGUGCGCUCAAUCCCCGUUAUCGAGGCCCAGUGGAUGGGCUUCAAUCCGGGCUGCUCAUGUUGAAAAGCGAUCCGAGAAGACAAGGAAUCAUUUGUCUAACCUUGAAAAGUUGUUACAGAAGGAUGUUGUACCUGUACAAGAAUCAGAAAGAAAGUCAGGUAAGACUACUACUAUUCAGCCCGAUCAGAAUAGCCGGGUGAAUAAGAUUCUUGAUGGGCUUAAUUUGGCCCAGAUAUGGCCAGUUGGAAUACGGGGUCGGGCUGCUGAGGCGGCAGCUGAAAUUUCUCCUCGUCGCCUGACCCAUAUUCAGCAGUUGUUGCUAAAGCAACAAGCCGAGUAUUCUCCACGGAAUCACUUAGGAACGAGGUGGAGGGAGUAUCACGGAAGUCGUGAUUGGGAAGGAUUACUCGACCCUCUGGACGAAAAUCUUCGACGAGAGGUAGUCAGGUAUGGAGAAUUUAUUCAAUCUUCAUACCAGUCCUUCCACUCUGAUCCAGCUACCACAAAGGAGGGGAUCGAUUCGUGGAGGGAGGUAGAGUUAGCCGAUAAAUCCUAUCAAGUAACCAAAAGUUUGUAUGCCACAUCAUCAAUUGGUUUACCUAAAUGGGUAGAUGAUGUGGCACCAGACCUAGGUUGGAUGACCCAACGAUCAAGUUGGGUUGGGUUUGUGGCUGUUUGCCAAGACAAGGGUGAAGUUGCAAGAAUGGGAAGAAGGGAUAUUGUCAUCUCCCUCCGAGGCACUGCCACGUGUCUUGAGUGGGCCGAAAACUUUCGGGCUCUACUCACUCCUAUGGAAGAAAAUACAGAUUCACUAUCCUUUGACACACAAGCAAAGGUAGAAUGUGGAUUCCUAAGCUUGUUCCGAACAAAUGGGGAAUACACUCCAAGCCUAUCAGAGUCGGUGGUACAAGAAAUUAGACGACUAUUAGAAUUAUAUAAAGGUGAACAAUUAAGUAUUACUAUAACAGGACAUAGCCUUGGGGCGGCCUUAGCCCUACUAGUCGCCGAUGAGAUUAGCAAAUGUGCUCCAAAAAUACCACCGAUCGCGGUCUUCUCAUUUGGUGGGCCUCGAGUAGGGAACCGAGCCUUUGCUAACCGAAUAAAAUCGAACAACGUAAAGGUGCUAAGAAUAGUUAACAACCAAGAUAUAAUUACGAGAGUACCAGGAAUUUUUAUAAGUGACGAACUCGACCAACAACUAAGAGAAAAUCCUCAAAUUUCAGGAGUUCUUGAAUUCCUUGACAAUAAAAUGCCAUUGGCAUACUCUCACGUAGGAACUGAGCUUAAGGUUGAUACUAAAAUGUCACCUUACUUGAAGGCGGACGCGGAUGUAGCGUGUUGUCACGAUUUGGAAGCAUACUUACAUCUUGUGGAUGGUUUUAUGGCAUCUAAUUGCCCAUUUAGACCCAAUGCUAAAAGAAGCUUGCUCAAAUUGUUGAGUGAACAAGGAUCUAAUGUGAAAAAAUUGUAUACAAGUAAAACAAAGUCAUUGACUUUGAAAAUUGAGAAUGAUGGAGUAGUAGCCAUGUCCAAAUGUUUGGCUAGUCCUUCAUUACAACCUAAAUAGCAAUGCAAACGACUAUUUUCUCCCAUAGGAAAACAAAUUGGGAGAGAAUUUAUUUGUACAUUUUUUUAUUCUUUCUAUGAUUUAUUAAUUUUUUUUGUAAACAAGUACAACUUAAAUAGGGCUGCACACGGUCCGGUCUGGUCUGGUUUGACAGAAAAAUCAGAACAGACCAAAAAUUCCGGUCUGAAAAAUUUUCAGACCAGACCAGACCAGUCAAGAGACCAGACCAGACCGGUCUGAAAGAUGGAUCUAUCUAAGUGCCAAACAAUAUGGCGUUAGCCCUAAGCAAGAAAAAGUCUUAUAUGUUUUUGGCAAAAAUUUAUCAUAGAAUAACUUAACU